UCCCCAUUGAACAAGCUUUUUCAACAAUUGCAUGGGAUGAUUUGGAAGACUGCGCGUCUGUGGUGAGACGGGAGAGCGACUCCCUCGGCUCUCAGGCUAAAUCCACGCAUUUCCAACAAUUUCUAUCUACCAGAUAGAGAGAGAGAGAGACAGUAUGGUGGCGGGUCUGCAUCACUCCCAGGCUGUUAAUGUUUGACACGAUGUGCUGGAAUUCUGCGCGAAUGAGACUGUUGUUUACUCGUGACACGCAGGCUACCGCUAAUUGGCUGGACCUCACAAGUUUUGUCCUCAAGCUGCCUCUUUGGCACAGCUCACCGUGUGCCCAACACGGCACACCCACUGAAAUGACCACCAAGACAUGUUCUGCCAUAGAACCACAUUACGCAGCCUGGUCGUGGUGGGAUUUUCGGGUCUGGGCAGUUAUGAUUUCUUUGUCGACUGAGUUUUUAAUACAUAUGUCUUUUAAUCGUCAGUUUUACUCGCCACAGGUGAAUGAGUCUGAUGUCGAUGACCAAGACUUUGGAGAUUACGCGCUGGAUUUCAUGGCAGAUUCUCCUGCCACACUGGAGAGCAGUCUGUCUCCAGCUGAACUGGUACCAUUUCAGGGAUGUGUCAUACCUCCCCUCACCCCUCAGCGGUACUUCUCUUCAGAGGACAGUCUGGUUCACUCUUCCACAGAAACAGGCAACCCAUCUGCCCAAGAUGGAGCUCUCUGGAAGGUCAUCGCCCAGUGCCAAGGCACUGCGUUGGGAGAUUCCAUGGAAGUCAACAAUCAGCUCCAUGAGUCGCUACACAGAAAGCAGGAAGAGAUCGACUCCCUUCAGGAGAGAAACCUUCACCUCAAGCAGCUGGCCAGCCGAGCAAAGCAUCUGGCCUCAGUGCUUGAAAAACUGAUGACAGUCAGAGGCCCACAUGUAAGAGAGCCAGUGAUGCCUUGUUGUGAUAAAGCUUCACUGAGUCCCUGUAAGCGGCAGCGACUGGAUGAAACAGAGUCCUCUGACUCAGUGGAGGACAUGCUGAGGGACAUUAGCACACGCUGCAAUGCUGUCCUGCACAGCGCUGCUACUGGAACAAGACUACAGCAGGAAUCAGAGACUGUACGCAUGUACGGUGCAUUCUCAGGCCUACAGACUUCUAUUUCCAAAGACAGCAGCGUGACGGCGGAUGGAGCAGAGCCUGAAGACAGAGUCUCAUCUUUCAGAACUUCUAUUAGAGAACACUGCACCAUAAAGACUCAGGUUUUUCCUCAUGGACGAGCCUUCACCUCGAGGGUUCAGCAAGGAGGAUACCGCUUUCGCUGGGUUCCCAACCACAGCUGAAACCAGGGUUAACAAAUGUAAAACUGGAUCCAUUAGUGCUUCUAACUAGUGAUUUGAAAGUGCCAUAUGUCUAUUCAAGACUGGAAGGAAGUGUGUCUGGGCAGUGUUAAUGCUUAACUAAUAAUCUAUAGUGAUAUCUGUGAAUGAUUAAGUUGUGUCUUCCUCUGGUAGCUUGUAAGCUAAUCAGUCCUAACAAAGGACAUGAUACUGCCCGAGCUUUUGUUUUCAUUGUGUUUCUGUUUACAUGCCUCAAAAUGUAACGUUCUAGCCAAACAAUGGAGCUAUGUCGUGUUUAUUUUUACACCUCAGAAUAUGUUUUGUCUUGGAAAACUGAAAUGAUUUUACAAGUUUGGAAAUAAAAGUCAUAUUUUAUAAAGCUGA